AUGUCUGUCGAUCUGCAACAGGUCGCGGGCCUUCUCAAUGCCAGCUUAGACCCUGCGCAAAGUCGGCAAGCCGAACAGUCCCUGCGACAGGAAGAAUUGAAGCCAAACUUUUCUUUGGUAUUACUUCAGAUCGUUGCAUCCGAAGGAGUACCUGCUACUACCAGACUAGCCAGUGCGCUGUUCUUCAAAAACUUCAUAAAAAGGAGUUGGGUGGAUGAAGAUGGCGCACACAAACUUAACGCUGACGUGGUCACGAUGAUCAAGAGCGAGCUGAUCGGGUUGAUGGUCAAGGUCCCAGCCAACAUACAGGCCCAACUAGGAGAUGCAAUCAGCAUUAUUGCAGACAGUGAUUUCUGGCAAAGAUGGGAUACCCUGGUGGACGAUCUGGUUUCGAGACUUACACCGGACAACGCGGUAGUCAACAAUGGAGUUUUGCAAGUCGCGCAUUCCAUUUUCAAGAGGUGGGAGCCGUUGUACAGAUCGGAUGAACUGUACGAGGAGAUCAAUCACGUUCUUGGAAAAUUCGCCACACCGCUGUUGCAAUUGUGGGAAAGCACAGAUCGUAUGAUUACGCAGUCACAAAGCGAUCCAAAGUUGUUAAGGGCGCAUUUCACUACUCUGGAGUUGAUCAUCAAAUUGGUCUACGAUCUUUCAACGCACGACAUGCCCCCACAGUUUGAAGAACAACUAGGCGCCGUCGCAACACUCCUUCACAAAUAUUUGACCUAUGAAUCGGCUGUGCUCAAAACAGAGGACGAUGAUGAGGCCGGUCCUCUGGAACUCGUGCGUGCUAGUGUUUUCAGGGUGCUUGUGCUUUACACGCGCAAAUAUGAUGAGGAGUUCAAAGAAAAGCUUUCACAAUUCAUCGAAACGUCCUGGAACCUCCUCACAGCUCUUGGUCCUGAAGCGAGAAACGACAUUGUGGUCAGCCGAGCACUUGAAUUUUUAACAACAAUCGCGGGAAUACGCCAGCAUGCCGAAAUGUUCAACAACGCAGAGGUGCUCGGACAAAUCACGGAGCGCGUGGUCAUUCCAAAUUUGUCACUUCGCGAAUCUGACAUCGAAACAUUUGAAGAUGAGCCUAUCGAGUUCAUCCGAAGGGAUCUUGAAGGUUCAGACGAAGAUACACGACGGCGCGCAGCCACAAAUUUCCUGUCCAAGCUUAUGGAACAAUUCGAAAAGCUCGUCACGGACGUUGUAACUCGAUAUGUCAAUCACUAUCUUGCCGAAUAUACUAAGGACAAGGCGAACAAAUGGAAAGAGAAGGAUACGGCAGUCCACCUUUUCACUGCUAUUGCGGCGAAAGGAGCAGCUACGGCCGCCAAGGGUGUGGUCAGCAUUAAUCACAAUGUUAGCGUGAUCGAAUUCUUCGAGACCCACGUCGCCGAAGAUCUGGUCAACAAUGACGCCCAUCCCCUCCUCAAAGUGGAUGCGAUCAAAUACCUUUACCUGUACAGGAGCAUCCUCUCUGCGCCACAGUGGCAAGCGGCAUUCCCGUUGCUUGUUCAACAUCUGAACAAUGACAACUAUGUGGUGUAUACUUACGCAGCGAUUGCAGUCGACCGGGCGCUCUACUUGACAGACUAUCAACGACAGCCUAUCAUUCCCCGAGACAGCGUGGUGCCACUUUCCAAAGAUCUUUUACAGCACCUCUUCAAGCUCAUCACAAGGGACACCAAGCCAGAAAAGGUUCAAGAGAACGAAUUUCUGAUCAAAUGUGUGAUGCGGGUUCUGAUUGUUCUGAGGGAAGACCUCGUUGCUAUCAGCGAUCUUGUUCUAGCCAACCUGGUCAACAUUACCAGGGUAAUUCGACAUAAUCCGUCCAAUCCCGGUUUCUGUUACUAUCAUUUCGAGAGUCUCGGCGCUCUCAUCAGGUUCGCUGGGCCCAAACAAUUCGACAAGAUCGAGAGUAGUCUCUUCCCGGCCUUCAUGGAAAUUCUGGGUGGACCAGCUGAGGAAUUUGCGCCUUAUGUUUUCCAACUUCAGGCGCUCAUCGUUACCAUCAACCCCACAAACACAUUGUCAAGCAGCUUCCAGCAAUUGAUCGGCCCUCUGUUGACACUUGCACUGUGGGAUCAGAAGGGGAAUGUACCGGCGGUGACGCGACUUCUCGUCAACAUGUUGCCACUCGCCGCCCCCUCCAUUAUUGCAUUGAAUCAAACUGAAGCUGUCCUGGUGAUUUUCCAAAAGCUUGUCAGCAGCAAGGCGUAUGAGAGCCAUGCAAUGGACCUCAUCGAAGCGAUUGUGACAAACUUCCCAGCACCGGCGCUCGAACAAUACUGGCCAUCAAUUAUCAACCUGAUGUUUUCUCGUCUAAGCAACUCAAAAACGGAAAACUUCACCACUCGCUUUGUCAAAUUUUACCAUCUGGUCUCAGCACACACUGAAAAGGGACUCGGCGCGGACUUCUUCAUCAGGGUGGCUGACAACGUACAGCAGAACAGUUUCACAAAGGUGUAUACCGGCAUCAUCUUACCGGACACUCAGAAGCUCAGCCGACCUUUCGAUCGCAAAACGGCAUGUAUCUCACUCACUCGCACGCUAGCUGAUAGUCAAGCCUUUGUUGAACGUUACGCCAAGCGUGGCUGGACCUUCACCUGCGAAGCUCUGCUGAAAUUGCUUAUCAACCCACCGCUCCCGCCGACGGCCGACGACACGAUCGAUGAGCGCGACGUUGACACGCUUGGUUUCGGUGCGGCCUUCACACAGCUCAAUACUUGCAAAUUCCCUCCGCGGGACCCUUGGCCACAGGUUCAGGACGUGAAGGCGUGGGUCGGUCAGACACUGCGCGAAGCCGACACCAGACAUUCUGGUCGCAUCGGACAAUUCGUGAGCGAGAAAUUGGACGAUCAGGGACGUGCAGCAUUGCAGCAAGUCAUGCAGGGAUGA